UCUCGAGUCGUCGCGGCGGGUGCAUCGCAAGGUGAGAGAAGCACCCCGCUCCUCUCAUCGUUUUUCCCCACCGGGGAAUCUUUUUCCUGCCCGCGCCGCGGAGGCUUUGUUAUCGGAGCGCAUCCGGUGGGAUUCUAAAAGCCGCGGUGCCGUCGCGUGGGCUCGGGAGUGUGCCGCGACGCGUGCAAUCGUACGGAUCGAGUGCGUCGCGUCUAGUCGUUCUUGGCACACUACCGCACGUUGUACCCGUGAUCGCUUUGGAAUCCGACUCCGGAGAUGCGCCUCGUUGCCUCUCAGGGCUAGACUUCGGUGUUCGCCGCAAAGAGAUUUCUCCAACGACGGCGAGAAAGAAAAAUAAAGACACCGCCGAAGUCGGACAAUGUUGUGAAAACUAAAUCGCCGGUUACGGAACUUUUUCGCAUGUUAGCUUCGCGAAGGGUGACUCAUCGAUCGCGAAACGUUGCGAGGGGAAACGCGCGCGGCUGAUAGAACUGCGAUCGGACGAUCUUCGGCAGUGCGAGGAGAACAAAUCUCGUCGGGAAAGAUGAAGCAUGAGGGAAAUUGCUCGUCGGCGGACGAUUCCAAUGGAAUUUUGUUGCAACCUAGGAAAAGCUCGGCGGUGCGGCUGCAGAUCGUGCCGGCGCAGCCGAAGACGAUCACGCAUCUGCCGAAGAGGCCGCCGGUCGACUUGGCGUUCACCGACCUGACGUAUAAGGUCCGAGAAGGCCGCAAAAACAAUGUGAAGACGAUUCUCAAAUCUGUCAGCGGCAGACUGCGAUCCAGCGAGCUGACGGCUAUUAUGGGCCCUUCAGGCGCUGGAAAGUCAACGCUCCUAAAUAUCCUCACCGGAUACAAGACGACAGGUGCGGAGGGCAGCGUCACGAUGAACGGCCACGAAAGAAACCUUAGUACGUUCAGGAAACUCUCUUGCUACAUCAUGCAGGAUAAUCAGCUUCACAUGAAUCUAACGGUAGCGGAAGCUAUGAAGGUCGCGGCGAACCUUAAGCUCGGCUCGAAUGUUAACAAGGGAGAGAAGGAAGAAGUGAUUCAAGAAAUCCUUGAAACUCUCGGCCUGUCUGAGCACCGCCGUACUAUGACCUCGAACCUGAGCGGCGGUCAAAAGAAAAGGCUCUCCAUCGCCCUGGAGUUAGUGAACAAUCCCCCUAUAAUGUUCUUCGACGAGCCGACUAGCGGCCUGGACUCCUCGUCUUGUUUCCAAUGCAUCUCGUUGCUGAAAACUCUGGCACGUGGCGGCAGAACGAUAAUCUGUACAAUUCAUCAGCCCAGUGCGAGACUUUUCGAGAUGUUCGAUGCUCUCUACACGUUGGCCGAGGGCCAAUGCGUUUAUCAAGGUUCUACAUCACAACUGGUGCCUUUCCUAAGGACAAUUGGCCUUAAUUGCCCAAGCUAUCACAAUCCAGCGUCGUUUAUCAUUGAGGUAUCGUGCGGUGAAUACGGCGACAAUAUCAAGAACUUAAUCAACGCGAUAAACAACGGCAAGUCCGACAUACGCGAAGGAUACCCGUUCCCCGAGACAAAGGAGGGAAUGAACAAUUGCACCGCUGCGACGGGUAUUUUGAAGAAUGGUGAUAAAAUGAAGCUCAAAGACAAAAAUGACAUCAGCAAUUUGGAGGAAAAGUUCCAGGAAGAGAAAACUACCGAGAUUAGUAAUGGAAAACUCAUUCCCGGCUACGCUACAAACGAUAUUACUAAACAAGGGUUGGAUAUAUCAAUACCAAUGGAUCCGGAUAAGAAGGACAAUGCUAACGUAGCCCUGCUCGACGAAUCUAUCGUAGUAACGCCGGAGAGAUACGCCACGUCUGAAUUUACGCAAUUCUACAUCAUUCUGAAACGCGCCCUACUCUUCAGCUGUAGAGAUUGGACUCUCAUGUAUCUCCGACUCUUCGCUCACGUUCUGGUGGCGGGGUUAAUCAGCGCGCUGUAUUAUGAUAUCGGAAACGACGGCGCCAAAGUACUUAGCAACCUGGGAUUCCUCUUCUUCAACAUGCUGUUCCUCAUGUACACUUCCAUGACAAUCACGAUUCUGUCCUUCCCGCUGGAACUGCCUGUGCUCUUGAAGGAGAACUUCAAUAGAUGGUACUCUCUCAAGUCGUAUUACUUAGCGAUUACCAUUUCGGAUUUACCGUUUCAGACUGUAUUCUGUAUAUUGUACGUCACCGUUGUGUACUUCCUGACGAGCCAGCCGGCGGACGUGACGCGGUUCUCCAUGUUCGUCGGCACCUGUCUACUGAUUUCCUUCGUCGCGCAAUCAGUGGGCCUGAUGGUCGGCGCGGCGAUGAACGUGCAGAACGGCGUGUUCCUGGCGCCAGUGAUGUCGGUGCCUUUCCUCCUCUUCUCAGGGUUCUUCGUCAGCUUCGACGCGAUCCCGGUCUAUCUACGGUGGAUCACGUACCUCAGUUACAUCAGAUACGGUUUCGAGGGUACCGCCUUAACCAUUUACGGCUACGGCCGGGAGAAACUGAAGUGUUUCCAGGUGUACUGCCACUUCAAAAAUCCGGAGACGACCCUGGAGGAGCUGGACAUGCUUGACGCAGACUUUACUCUGGACACUCUCGCUCUCCUGCUCAUCUUCGUCAUCCUGCGAAUCGCCGCAUAUCUCUUCCUGCGUUGGAAGAUCAAGACCGCCCGAUAGAUCUUAGGCGCGCGUAAAACCUUGUAAAAAUCAGAUAUGGUUGCGAGUGGACGGGCAAGUUGGCACAAGUGUUACCGUCUAUCGCGUAGAACUCGCGCAGGCAAUAAACGGACGCAUUCUUCCGUAAUCGAUAAUCUCGUAAUGAUAUUUUGAAAAUGGCGAUACGAAGACUCUCGAUUUCGUCGCCUUAGAACAAUAACCGUCACAAGACACAAGGAACUUUACGCGAAACGAGGAAUUUCCGCGGUAUUUUUCGGUGAGGCAAUCUCACGAUUUUCACAACGAUAACCAUUCGACCUGACGAGACAUUAAUACGUCUUGAAAAUAUCACAAAGUAUGAUGUAUACUUUGAUUACUUUCUUUCAUGUUCUAAAGUUGUUGAAUUUAGCUGAUGUGUAGGAUCAAUACUAAUGUAACUUAUUUAUAUUUCCUUAGUUUAAUAACGACGACGGCUGGUAGUUACGACUGUAAUAUAUUUGUUUCCAGGGUACUAUUCUAUAGUAUAUAUGUACACGUAUAUAUAUCCGAAAUAUGCAUCUUCCCACUUUUUUUACUGUAUCAGUACACACAUUUUCGUUAGAACGCGACCAAGCAUCGAUCUUGAAUUUAUCGAACGUUUGUCAGCGUGAUGCGAUCGCGCAAUGCCUUCGAGACAUUACGAACUACUUGAAAUAUAUGCCGAAAAUCUGGAAUUGUUUUGAAUAUUAAUCAAAACAAAAAAAAUAUUUGAAGGAAUAUAAUUUUGAAAAUUUUAAGAGCACAUCUUUUUCUUUUCACUUUCAUCUCAAUUCAUUACAUAUUUCGUAAACAGACAAAUAGAGACUAAAAAACUUUGAAUUUUAAAUCUUCAAACGCCUCAAACGAAAGAUUUUGUAGAAGUUCAAAAGUCUGAAAACAUUUAAGAUUUUUUAGAACUUUCAAAAAUGUUUUGGUAUCGUAUAAAAAAUAUUCAAAGCAAUUCGAAUCUUUACACGCUUUGAAUCGUCUGAAAAAUUUUCAAAAGAAGGAUUCGAAUGCUUUUACUAAAUUAUGCGACUCGACUGGAAGGCAGAAUGAAAGGAUCAACUCGCGCGUGAUCCCUUAGGAGGGUCUUAUGAAUCGCCUUCAAUCCUGUCUACUUUUCGUGGACGAACACGAGGCCUUAAUCGAUGACGUAUUUCACGAGCGACCACUCUAUUCUAUCCAAUGGCUGUGAGCUUCAUGAUGCAAAAAAAAAAAGAAGAAAAAGUUAGAGGAAAUCAAACGCGAAUACUUGUGUUAUUAAAAUUAAGCUCGGACGGAACGUCCGAGAUGAUUUGUAAGUGCACGAAUUUAUACGUAUCUUGCCAGAUUAAAUAUUACCGUUGAAGAUCCGAUGUUUUUUUUUUUUACGUUUUACAAGGAAAAGUGCGGUUCCUUGACGGAUCAUGUCAAAGUGAGCGUUUACGCACUUCUGUAAAAGCUUGUGAAUAUUUGCAGCCACAUGUUGAACGCCGAAGAUAAUUGGCGAGCGAAUGUACUAUAUACAUAAUAUUCCUUAGACAGCUCAUGAUAAAUGACGAACAAAUUUUUUUCGCUCUACAUUUGUGUCAGUUCACAAACUGAUGCGAAAAACAAGUUUUUGUACAUUGUCGAAAACGAAUUAUGUAACUAAUUUUCUAUUGUUUACGAAUUGUUAUUAUUUUUAUACAGAAUGCAAGAUUAUUCUUCUAAACAAGCGCGAACCCUUGACCUUUCUAGUGUUAAGUCGUUAAGUGGCAAAAAGAAUAAUACUUUCAAAGAUGGAAGAAGAAAACAGCGAUUUAAGAUUGAUUCUAUGUAAUUGUUAAUUAAUAUAUAGAGUCUUUUCUCUCUCUCUCUCUCUCUCUCUCUUGUUUGUAUAUUUCCUCGUAACUCACCAAAGUUAAGGGUUUAAAUCGGCGACUUAAUUACAAAUAUAAUAAUGUACUGAUGCGACGAACGGCUCUCAAACGGAUGAAGUAAUCCUUUAUACGAUAUGUGUAUUUACACCGAAAUGAGAAAUGAACAAUAAUCGCUCGAUAGCAUAAUCGAUUGCUAAUAUAAAUAUAUAUAUAUAUAUAUAUAUAUAUAUAUAUAUAUGUAUGUAUACUUUUAUAAACCAAGGUGCGUCGAGAUGUGCAUGUACCUAAUUAGCCGGUUUGGCAUAAUCGUUGCAUAAAUAAUAAUUUACGCAUGUAUAAUACGAAUAAAAUAUGUUCUUUUCGUAAUGCAAUACAAUUUCGUAAUAAAAAAAUUCAAUUUCAAUAA